AUGGGAGACCCUUCUUCCCACGAAACAACAAUUCCUUUCCUCUCUUGCCUCUCCCAUCCAAUUCCCUUUGGUUUUUCAUAUUUAAAUGUUUUAAUUGAUUUCUGUAUUUUUUUUUUUUUUUUGAGAGAAACUUGUUGUUUUCUGACAUCAGUGGGUGGCCAUGGAAAAGCCCCAGUUCCCUCUGUCUGCAGGGGACUAUUGUGGCCUGGGUGGGGCAGUAAUCCUCCUUCCAUGUGUAUGGGCGGGCCCAGGAAAAUCUGUACUGGGUGGUGGGCGGGCAAAGGGAUUACUGCCUGCCAGAUGUUCAAACUUUUUUUUACAAAUAUAUAUAAAUGCCACGGUCCUGCUCUGGUCAAUAAAGGAUCCUUUGGAGAUACAUAG